GAUUUGGCUGUUCUUUGUUUUUUUAUUGUCUUUUUGUGGUAAUCCAUAAGUAAACAACAACAAUGACACUCGAAGAUUCAAUUACAAAUAAUUCUCAUUCAAUAAUUUCUAUGACUGAAAGUAGCCGUCGAACAACAAAUAAUAAUAAUAAUCAUCAUCAUCAUCAUCAUGUACGUGGAUUACCAUAUUUAUUACGACAAACAUCACGAUCAAUGUCACAGCCAACAAUACCUGGUGGCAAUAAUCGAUAUCGUUGUCCACAUCGUGAAAGAGUACAACAUCGUCAUCGUAUGAUGAUGUAUACUACAAUGCCAACAACAAUUAAUCAACAACAACAACAACAACAACAUUCAUGUACGGAAAUUGAUAUAAAUAAUAAUAAUGAAAACGUAAAUCGUAUGGCAUGGUAUCGAACAAAAAUUUGGUUACAAUAUUUAGUGACUAUUGCAAUACGUUUUAUACCAUUAUUAAUAUCAACAAUAGGUGUCAUCUGUUUAUUAGCAUUUUUAAUUGAUUAUGAAUUUGCAUUGAUUAUAUUCAAUAUAACAUUGAUGAUUAUAUUGGUUAUUGUUAUAAUUUUUAUUGUUUAUACAUUCAUUAUGUUUUAUAUUUAUCGUAAACAUUCUGAUCGGCUACAUCAAACACGUCGGAAUCGUAGUAAUAAUAAUAAUAAUAAUAAUAAUCAAAAUCCUGGUAAUAAUCAACAACAAACAACAACAACAACAACAACAACACAAAGACAGCAACAACAACAACAACAACAACGGAAUCGUAGUUAUAGUACAAAUCCAAAUGAUUUAAUAAAUCAUCAUCAUAAUCACAAUCAUCCAACUAUAUUAACAACAACACCAAGCUAUCAUGAUGAUGAUGAAAAUGAAUGUUAUAAUUGUCGUAUGGAACGUUUAAAGGCAACGGAUAUACCACCACCAUAUGAUCCACCGCCUAAAUAUGAAGAGCUCAAUGUCAAUGUUUUAUUAGCUGAAACAUCAAUGGAACAACAACAACGAUUAUCAUCAUCACAAACUGAAUUAGCACAACAACAACAACAACAACAACAGCAGCCUUUAUCAACAUCAACAACAACAACAACAACAAAUCAAAUCAGCAACGAACACAGUAGCAGUUAAUAAUAUCAUCAUCCAUCAUCAUCAUCAUCAUUUCAGUGACAUAAUUUUCCAUAUAGUAAUUCAUAUUCGUCCAUUAUCAACACAAAAACAACGACGACAACAACAACAAGUGUUUACCAACAACAAGUGAUAAACAAUUUUUAAUCAUCAUCAUA